AUGUUGGAUCCCUCUGAGAAAGAUUCUCUUGGUCUUGCUCUUCCAGCCAGAGCUGUUUUCUUUAUUGAUCCUGAAAAGAAAAUGAGAGCGUCGGUUUUGUAUCCAGCCACUACAGGAAGGAACUUUGAUGAGAUCUUAAGAAUGUUGGAUUCCAUGCAGCUCUGUGACAAAUAUAGGGUAGCCACUCCCGAAGGUUGGAAGAAAGGGGAUGAUGUCAUGGUUCAACCCAAUGUAACCGAUGAAGAGAAAAAAAAUGCAUCCUGGUUGGCAGAAAAACUUUUUACUGACACUCAUGAAUUGUUUGAUGUUCCUGAGCCAUGUGCACCUGGCCCUUCAAAAAGAAAAUGUUUUUCAGAUUUAUCUGCAUCUCAGCAAGAACGAAAUACUAAAGAUAUAAGAGAUAAUUAUUGUUCAGAAGCUCUGACUUACGCAGCGAUAUCUGUUCUCAGAAAAGAACAAAAACCUGAUUUGGCAAAAGCUGUUACUAUUGGUGUGAAAUCUCCAGAGAAAGUACUUUCAGUUCCUAGUCAAAAGUUACCCCAACCUUUUUCCCCUAAUGAAGCAAUAGCUUUGUUUAUUAUAAAUGGAAAACAAACAAAAGCGCAGUAUCAAAAUAUGCGGGCUGCCACAAUUUGGAAAGGUGCCCUUAGUGAAGAGCCUCAGGAAGCCCGAAAUAAGGACUUCAAAAAAUUUAGGACAGAUUUUUCACGGAAAAUAUCUCGUAAGGCUAAUUUGCAAGAUGUUUUUAAUAGAUUAAUGUUGACUUCAGAUCCUCUAUUUUUUCACAUUUAUCAAACAUUUCAAAAAUCAAAGCUUUCGAAGAAAACAGAAAAAGAACAUUUGCCCAUUGACAUACUAAAUAUUGAGGACUGCAUCGAUAAUGACAUAAUGGCACAGGCAUAUGACUCCAGUUCGGAUGAGGAAUCGGAAGAAAUCGAUAGCAUUGCGGAUGAUGUAAAUGAUUCAGAUGAGUUUGAAGAUAUUUUUUUAUAA